AUGGCUCUCAAUGAUCCUUCAUUGUCGACAGCCUUGAACGCCCAAAUUCAUAUCGGUGGUACGCCACAGGUCAACACCUUUCAGGCCACUUUUCACUACCAAAUGGCAUAUCGUGUCCAAAACCACUCUUUGGACAUCAUGGUUCCCGGAUCGCAUGAUAACUCUUGCGAUGCUCUGCUCAUAGACAUUGACUCCAACACCACACCAACCUUCACAUAUGUUCCCAAACAAUUAUCCAGAGAAGAACUUACAAAGCUUUUACCUGAAAAAUGGAUAACAAACUAUGAACAUAUCCACCAAGUACCGGUUCAGACAACAACAAACCCUGACUUUGUCCGCCAUCAGGAUGGACAAGUUGAAGUUCGGUUUGCAAAACAAGACCGAAGAGAAAUUUUCUCUACGGGGAGCAUGAUUCAACCGGUAGACGAACCACACUUCCCGUUCGAUGUCUGCGACUGCCAGGAAUGCCUGGCCAACGCAUAUCAACUUGAGUACAAGGAGGAAACCAAAAACAAAAAGAAAAAUGGAUCCCAAAAUGCCCUAAAGAAAAGAUAUGAAGCCGGAGGUCCAAAUGUUGGUCUUCUUGGAGAACCGUCAGGAAAGUUUGACAACUAUGUCCUGUAUGGCUAUUCAAAACCAAAACCUAAACGGUCAAAACCACCCCUACAGAGACAUCCACCUACCCAACUAAGCGAAUACUUUAUGCUCGGAACAACACCUCUAGCCUCCAGCUCCCCUGAAUACCAAGUUGAAUUUCCACCCUUAACUUCUUUUUGA